CUGACGCCAACAGAUUUUUAGUCCAGUCUUCUUCGUCCCUCUCUCUCUCGUGCUCUCCUGCUCCCAUUAUUUCCCACUCUGAACACACGGAAGCAAAUAGUUCCUCCUCUCUCUCUCAUUAAUUAAUUAAUUAGCACUUGGAAUCGCAAAUUAGCAGAGGAAGAGCCAGCCAACCGGUGGCCGGUUUCUUUUCACCGCUGCACUCGGGUUGGGUUAUCUGAAUUGGAAAGAAGUAUAUUUGCUGUGAUUGUUUAAUCGAGUAGUAAAGUAUGGAACGCCGAUCUACUCGAGGUCGAACUUCUUCCAUUUCUGAACCAUCGACAAGUGUUGCUUCAUCAUCGCCUUCAAGGUCGGCGCAAUACAUUGUUCCUGCCGUAGAAGUUCCAAUGGCAGGUUAUUCGCCAGAGGUCCCGGAGAUUGGGGCAGAAGAGGUUGUACUGAAUAGGAGAGGAAUGCCAGCAAGGCAGAGGAAAAAGAAUCGAUUCUAUUUCGACGAAGAUGUGAUGGUGACUGACGCAUUCAAUAAGCGUGGCCAACACAAAAAUACAGGAACAAAGAGGGCGAUCAAGAUAGAGCCGGUGGAGGAUGAACCAGAAAUGAUAAUUAGUGAUCUUCUUGAUUAUGGAGUUGGGGAAGAGGUUGAAAUUCCAUCCGCUGUGGAGGAGGAAGUAGUGACUACGUUUCCAACUAGGAAACCAGGCCGUCCAUCGAAAAAGUCACUAACAAGUCCAACAAUGGUACCGCCGUCACCAACAAAGUUGGGUAGGCGGUUUGAUGGAGACACAACGCCGAGAAAAGGAGCUGAAUCUAAUAAAAUGAAUAUAAAAACUGUUCAUAAAAGUCCAGCCGAGGUAGCUAAAGGACGAGGUCGAUCAGAAACCCGGAAGAGUAAAGAUGGCAGGGAACCUACACAGAGGGCCGGUCGAUCCGAAGACAUGAUUCAACAUCGACCAAGUAAAACACCAGAACGUACUCCUGGAAAAGCAGCUCGAACCUCUAUCAAAGAUGAAUCUCGUAAAUCGACAGAUUAUGUCAUGAAACCCAUUGCUAAAAUCAAAAAGGAACCGGGGACAUCUGGCAGUUUGGAAAUGAUGGAGCAACGAUACAUUGAGAAACGUGAGAAAGAUCGUCUUGCCAAAGAACGUGAACGGGAGAGAAAGAAGGAAAAGGAACGGCAAAUGAAAGAACAAGAGCGAGAGUACAAUUCUGUUCUGCCCCUCAAGAGUCGAGGUCGUCGAGAGCCAACACCCACAGACUUUACUACUGGACUUCUUUCCUCCUCUCAGGAUGACUUUAAACAGACUAUUGACAAAAAGACGGCACAAGACAUUAGCUUGCGACUAAGGAAUUUGUUAAAGUUACCAAAAGCUCACAAAUGGGUGUGCUAUGAAUGGUUCUACAGCAAUAUUGAUAAAGUGCUAUUUGAGGGAGAAAAUGAUUUUCAAACCUGCUUGCGAGAAUCAUUUCCGCUUUUGAAGGCGAGAAAGUUGACUCGUGUCGAAUGGUGCAAAAUCCGACGAAUUAUGGGAAAACCUAGACGAUGUUCUCAAGCAUUUUUUGACGAGGAACGUGAAGAACUUGGACGCAGACGGCAAAAAAUUCGAAUGAUUCAGCAGCGCAAAAUUACAGACUUCAACUACAAAGAACUUCCAGACGAGAUUCCAUUGCAGUUAACGAUUGGAACAAAGGUUACUGCUCGUUUACGACGCCCUCAGGAUGGACUCUUUACUGGAACCAUUGAAGGCGUUGACACUUCCAACAACACGUACAGAAUCACCUUCGAUCGAGCUGGCCUUGGAACCCAUUCUAUUCCAGAUUAUGAAGUUCUGUCUAACGACCCAGUGGAGACGGUAUCCACAUCCAGCUUUGCACUGAAAAUACCAAGGCGAAGUUUCGGAUUCGGCACAGCUGCGUUCAAAUUUCAAAAUCCAGGACUAGUUGGCGAAGAUGGACUCUACCGAUUCCCCACAUCCCCAUUCCCAGAGGGAGGAAUGCUUGGUGGAUUUCCCAUCCGCCUCUUGGAUAUGAUUGUUCGACUUUCAAAACUGCUAAAGGCCAAGCGGGAAAAAAUCCUACAACUCAAGGAAUUGAACGUGGAAGCGGAAAAGAUGCUUUCAUAUGGAAAGCCAUUCAACACAGAUUACCGUCUUCGGUAUGCUCGCUGUGUUUUGGAUUUAGACUCAAUGAACAAGGAAAUGGCAAUGUAUGUUGAAGGAAUUCAGACGUAUUGCCUGGAGCAAAUCGCUCCUGAUCAUGGAGCCAAUCAAAUGAUUGUUCCAGAGCAGGUUCAGGAUCAGUGCAAACAGGAGGCUACGCUUAUUGUUGAAACGUACAACUCAAAGAACAGUCGUCGAGCUGUACAGGAUCCAAAGACUAUCGGGCUGGUUAGCAACUUGACUUCCCUCAUGCUUCAAAUUAAGACUUUAUCAACUGGUGAAAGGAACUUGUACGAGCUGAAGAGCAUCAAGGACACUAUUAAAGAAACCAAGGCUUCCCUAGAAGGAAAAAAUUUACAGUUGUUCCAGAAUCGGGUGGAGAUUCCAAUGAAUCGUAUUCAAGCUGGUCUUUGCAUAUACACCAAAUCGUUCUAAUUGUACUUUUUGGUGAUCAUACCUGGCUGUAGUAUAACAUAAUCAAAUUUAUUUAAAAAAGUUUUUGUUAUUUGUAAGAAAUUUCUUGAGCUAUGCUUUCUCCCAUCAUAGAUAUUUAGAUAUGCUACUGUGACUCAUGAUUGACUAAUAACUUAAUAAUAAGUUUGUAGCUUAUCAAUACUACACUACUUUUUUCAAGUAUGCGUAUCAAAUAUACUGUUUAAAAUAUACUUGUAUACAUUUUUUGAAGAAUAUGACUCGUUGUUUGUUUAUGCAACUAUAUAAACAAUAAAAGUUCAUUAUAUUAUUAUUGCA